UUAGUUCAAAUGAACAAAUUACUAUAUUGUCGCUCACCGGGUACGUAAAAUAUCGAGCGUGCGAGAAACGCAACGGAACGAUUUUCCGUCAGCAUAUCGUGCUACCCUAAGUGCAUAGCGUGCGAAUUUUCCGAAUGCGUUGCACGAGCUGGCGCGCUUACUUCAGUUGAAAAAAUACGCGAUGUAGGUGCGUUGUUUAUCUGUGAGAGAAUUGAAAAAAUUGUCACCUUUGUAUCGCGUGUAGAUGCGGUUGGUCGAGCUCGAUGAUGUAAGUGAAUGAUGAAUGGAAGUCGGAGUUCAAGGAAGAUCAAUUUUUUUUAUAUCCGAUAGGUAUCUAUUGGGAUUUCCCCGAGUUAUUAGAUACAUUAUUCACGCUGCAGUACUGACUUCGUAACGUGAAGGAUGUAGCUUCGAGAAUGUUAUUUCUCAUAAAUGUCAUAAGCUGGGUGUGGAUAGCAGUUUUAAUAUCAUCGAAAUGUGUAGCCAUACUAACAGGCAACAGUCAAUCUUACGAAGACAUCACUUCUUUGCCGAAAUAUGGCUGCCAUUGGACAGGAGGUAGCAAUUCAAUGGUGAACUGCACAUGCAGAGAGGAUGCUGAGGAAUUUUCCAUACAUCACGGACAAAUUCCAGUGUACGACACCUGGGGUAUCCAGAUCAACGACUGCAAGAAAGUCAUAUUCGAUGGACAUUCUAUAGAAAAUCUGCGGAACUUGAGACAAAUCCACCUGAAAAACAUCCCCUCCUUGAGUCUCCUACCGGAAAGCUUCAGUUGGUUCGGAUAUCGAGCGACAUACGAAUCAGACGACGAGGCUGACGAUGAAAACAAUAUACCCUCCUUGAGUAUUUCGAUGGAUAACUGUGUCAUAGAGAAAAUAUCCCAACAUUCCUUCAAAGGCAGAAUAAAGGAUAUAGAACUGAACAAUUGCCACGUCAAGGAUAUGGAAUCGUUCUCCUUCUCCUCGCUACGCCAGUCUGGGACGGUUGUACUCAGGAACACCACAAUCGAUUCCUUGAAACCACAGGCUUUCAAGCUGUUCACCACCAAACAACUCAUCUUGGACGGUAUUUCCAUCGAAGAUGUACCGAGCAGAGCUUUUUCGAAUCUAGUGAUCAAAGAGAAACUCCAAAUCUCCAAUUGUCGGUUUGGAACUCUCCAUUCUGGGUCUUUCAUGAUAGACGGGCCCAAAUGGUUCGAAGUAGUGAACUCUAACAUAUCGGUUUUAGAAGGUGAAGCCUUCACUGUGAAAGUUAAGGGUGACGUUCUGUUCAAAAAUAACGUUAUUGGUGUUUUGGGUCCAGGUGCUUUAAUGAAGAUCGUUAAGAGCAAGGAUUUGGUGCUGAAUACAGCUUUGUUCCUCACGAUAGACUCGAACGUAUUCUCUUACCUAUGGAGUAACUCUCUCGAGGUCAACGGUCUAAUCGCAAAAUUUGUUAACCUACAAUUCAACGAAUCUUGCAACUGUGAUAUAUUCAUGAGCAAUUAUGCUCUGUACAAGGAAUUUUUUACUGAAAUUAAGUGUUUAGACGCUGAAGAGUAUAUCUCGAUUAAGGACUAUGAAGUACAGAAAUGUACAAUGUUAUCCGGACAUACCACCAUGAUAGUCGUAAUAGGUGUUAUAUGCGCACUACUGUUAGUUAUGAUAAUUAUUUUAUCUCUGUAUUACCACAAAGUUUUCAAAGAAGGAAAAUACGGAAAAGACAACGCACCCCAGAAGAAUGUAAGUCUGAUAGUGCCCGAUGGAAGGACCUAUAGGGAGACGGAAGUGCACGUGAUAUUGGAGACAGCGGAUCUCUUGACUACUGAUCUAUGAUAGUUUUAAUUUUUCGAUUGUUGCUAGUCCUGUGAAUAUUUAUGCAUAAAAAGAUAAUAAACUAUUUGAUCUCA